AUGAAUAUCUUAGAAAAGGCAGAAAAAUCGUUAGAAUAUCUUAAAACUGAAGAAGGAACUGCAAAAGGACAUGAACUUCAAUCUGCGGCUGGAACACUUGGACGUUGUCUAGGCGCUUUAGGAAGUCGCCCGAAUUGUGCUAGACAUUACGCAAACUUAUUGCACUCCGCCGUUCCGACUUUGCUGUCUUUGGCUAGUAAUGAUAGUGCAGAGGUACGUCUAGUUGGAGAUGAAGCAUUAAAUCGUUCUGUGGCUGGUGGGAUUGCGUUCCACUCCUACAAAACUAAUAUAAUACUACAGAAUCAAAUAGACCGCAAUAGAAAUGCCAGAUGGAUCAGAGCAGCACUUUCUCGAAUAUGUCUUGGCGACAGCUGGUUGCGGCCGGGUCCUGGCAAAAUACGCACACAAGCACAAACAUUAUUUCCGAAGCUGAGCCAAAUAGUGCAACAUACAAACGAAAUACAACUCAUAGUGGAAGCUUUAGAGUCCAAUUUGCCGCGUAUAUUAAAUGCAUUAGCGGAAUACACAACAGAUGAAGAGAUUUCUGAACUGUCGAAGGCUCUGCUAUCGCACGUGGAUUGUACGGAUACGGCAGUAAGGCGCGGAAUUGCAACCUGUGUGGCUCAUCUCUGCUCUCACAGGGAACCAUUGCUCACCAAUAUACUUGGACGGGUGUUUGAAAAUCUAUGGCCAACUGCGUCCAGCGAUACGGCGAUAAUCGGAUGGUUUUGCGUCAUCAAAGCCAUGUUUCAGAUAAACAAUAUGGAGGGAUUUACCAAUACUGAUUUGUUCAGCAAUCAGGAUUAUUUAGAGCUCUACCAACUUUGUAUUCACUAUCUAGAGCAAACGACAACAGAACAUAAUAUACAAAAUGCGGUUAUGGAAUGUCUAUCCGUCCUUUUGUCACAAGCAAAUAGCGAACAGAGGAAGGUGUUAUUGGAGAAACAUCCGAGACUCGUUUGUCUUGACAAUAGACAAAGCGAGAAGGGACAUAGGAGGACUAUUAGUUCAGUUAGUGCGAUAUCAACUCGAGCUGCCCCAAGUCCGCUAACGGAACCCCGCGAGCCGGAGUUGACGUUCACUGGAGCUCUGCAACUUGGGAGUUUGUUGCAACUGACCACGCCUAGCCUUAGCGUCGAAGACCUUACUAUUCACACCCCGGAUUCACCAGUUAGCGAGACAGACAUACAAAUACCAGAUACGGAACAACUGUCGAAAGAUUUAACCGAGAAAUUGCAAGAAAUAGAAGAAACUGAUCACUGUGAAGAUGAUAACAAUUUAUCACAUGAAAGUGGUUUUAAGAUCAACAUCGGAUCGUCUACCGACGAUGAUGUAGUAUUGAAGUACUGCGUUCGGUUGCUUGCUUCCAAGUUUCUGUUGACUGGAAAUAAAGGAGGAAUUAUCCCAGAUAGGUCAGUCAGAGUAUCGGUUAAGGCAUCAAGCCUGACCUGCCUCUCAGAAAUACUUCGCAUCUACCCUCAAGCGAUGACUAUGUACUUAGAUAAAGAUGCUGACUUCAAGUUUCAGAAUUAUUCAGGUUCAUCGGAGGGCGUUGAUUGCGUUCACGAAAACAUAAACGAUUUCAUACUCGAAAGGAAUGUUUGUUACCAAGAUUCAAUAACAGAGUCUACUAGUCAAGAGCUAUCGAACAAAAGCACAGAUAGUCAGGCAAAUACCCAGUCACAACAACAGACUUCGAAAAAGUCUGCCGAGAGGUCCUCCGAGAAGUCCACCGAGAAGUCAUCUGAGAAGUCCACCGAGAAGUCCUCCGACAAAUCCACCGAGAAGUCCUCUGAGAAGUCCACCGAGAAAUCUUCCGAAAGCCCUGAACGUAAGAGCUCGAAGGAUGCCGUGUCGAAUGUAUUGGAUAGCAGGGUUUUAGGAAAAACGGACCUUAUUGCUAGUGGAAUAAGUGCCGACAGCACCAACCCUAACAUGACUAACAGUAAUUUUACUUCAAACUCCAAUAUGACGGGCAGUAACGAUCCAAUAUCGUCUGGCUAUCCCAUGUCAAGUAGUUGUGAUGUUGUGUCAUCUAGCAUCGACUUGGAUAUGAAGUUCGAUCACUUUGGCGAAUCGACGACGAACUUGGACCAUUUGGAUGCUUUGAAAGAUUUGGAAAGGAAGGACGAAAGAAAGAAGCCGCUCAAACGGACCGACGAAGUUCAAACAAAAGAUGACAGCAGUCUUGACAAAUGUCAAAAAAUCGAAUCAGAUGAGAAAGAUAGUGAAAAAGAUUUCGAACUUCAGCACAUGUCCGACGUUUUUAUUCUCUUAGAGGGUCACAGUGACCCUCAGAUUAGGGGGUUGGUUAGGGUUUGUAUAGGGAAUUAUUUGAACGCAGCGUUAGAUAUAUCCCACGGUGAUUAUAAUAGGUGGAGGAAUUAUGUGGUACUGCCGCGGGAAGUCACUGGAAAUCUCAGUGUAGAUAAGUUAAUGGAUAUUGUUUUGAAGGGUUUAUCCGAUGAAAUUCACUCGGCGGUUAACCACACACUCUCCUCUCUUACUAACUUAUCGACGGCGCUGUUUAACAGUGCCCAUUGGACCUUAGUUAUAAACGAGCUGAAUUCACUGGUCAAUGUGGAGAAUAACAACUAUUGGUUGUGUCGGGUCAACUUAUGCAAGUUGUAUGAAAAACUUCCUUAUCAGAAAUUGUUCAUGCUGUGUCCUGAGUAUAAUGCCAGAAGCAAGCAUAUCAUGAAUACUCUAUUUCGUCUUCUAGCAGAUCAAGAUCAGAAAGUCAGAAGUGCAGCUGCUCAGGCGAUUGCAAACAUAAUACCAAAAAUAUAUCCAAGGAGAAGGGAAACGCCAACUACAAUGAUGGCGGAGAUGGCCAAAGAGCAGAGCCAAGCAUUCAACUUCGACCAUCACAGCUGUUCCUUGAACUUGGUCAGGAAUAUAUACUUCUACAACGACUUACCGAAGCAAGUGAGGGUUGGAGAAAUUUUAAAAAACAUUGACGCCGUUACAAUGCUCGUUGGUGAUUUGAUGCAGCGCUUAUUUUCCUCCAGUUGCAAGUUUUAUUCUCAAGGACUUUUAGAGGCCCUUCAAGCGAUAUGUAAGUCCUGGUCACCAUGGAUGCACAAAGACGCAUAUACGGAUCAAGGAAUCUUGUCUUACUGUUUAGAUAAUCUGGAUUAUUGCAAUGGGUCUGUAGCUGCAAGGACAGUAUUACUAGAUUUGUGCUGCAUGAUCUAUCCAGUGGAAAUUCACAAUAUUAUGCGGCACAAAACAUCAAACCGCGAUAUAUUCGAAAGAGAUUACCAGAACAUUACCCAUAAAUGGCAACACUUGGAGAGCGAAAAGGUUGCCAGUCUGGCGGAAAAAUUUCUUCAGGUGACUUUGAAAAUGUUGAAUGUCCUUGUGCAUCUAAUAGAAGAAGUUAAUCCUAAUGUCCAUUUGAAUAAGAGCGGUAUUGCGUUGCCGGGGAGUCCUGUAAGAAGAAAAACACAGGAUCCUAUACCAAGAAAAGGCAGUAGCACUCCACAAGAUGUAGACGAGAAAGGCUCUCUAAGGAAGAAAGUGCCCGUCCCUCCUACAAGCUUGAAGGCUAACUUUGUAGGGCAUUUCUUUAACGAGCCCUUUUAUAUGAAGCUGUAUGAGAACUUGAGGGCUAUGUACUCUAAUCAUAAGAUAAAUCUAGAUCCAAAAGGCAGUAUAUUCUACGAAUUCCUAUCGACGGUACUGAACUGCCUCGCGAUACAACUUGAGCUGGCAACAGAGAAAGAGUUCGGCCACGUCACAGAGGAGAUUCUCUACUAUCUUAAAGUCAUGAUGCCGUUAUGUCCGAACACAACAGUCUACUGCAUCACACAGCUACUAAAAUGCCUCUUCGGUACGAAUAUGAUAAACCAAUACAACGACUUUAUGAGUAUAUCCGACACUGCGGAUGUUUUGACGAAAACCAGCUUUUACAACGAUGUUAUGUUGGUGAAUCCUAUUAAAGAUAUGACUGAAGAUUCUAGAAGGAGUAGCGUUUGCUCGAACGCGAGCCAGAAACUAUCUCUGGACAGCAAGAACCCGCGGAUGCUGGUCGAGAGACAGCUUCUGAUGGCUAUGGAGAACUUUUCGAGGAACAAGACCGAUAGGAAAUGGAGCACUAAUAAGAAGGAGCUGGAGAGAUAUAUAAGGCUGUUUGAGCCAGUUGUUAUACAGGCUUUGAAGAGUUACACAAUGCAGAACGACAUUCCUCUUCAGUGUGAGGUGCUGUCCCUGCUGAAUCAACUCCUGGCGUUAAGAGUCAACUACUGUAUGUUGGACAGUGAUCAAAUCUUCAUUGGAUUUCUAAUGAAGCAACUUGACUUAGUGGAGCAGCAUGAGAUACCAAAUUGUUGCAAGCUGGUCAACAGCAUCCUCCUGUUCUUGGUCCAGCUGUCUUCAUCGAAACACCACACUAAGCAAUUAAUAGAGAUACCUAAGUUGAUACAACUAUGCGACGGUUUGAUGGCGUCAGGGGCCCAUUUGGAAUGUAUAGCGGGCUUGGAGCCGGUGGCUGUACGGGUGUUCAGUAAUAUGGGAGGUGGAAGCACUCUGGGUCGAGCACAGCAACAAGAAGCACAGGCUACGAGAGAAGUUCUCUUCUAUAUGCUACAGAAGACGAUGCAUCAGCACAAAGUUCUAGACCUCGUCUCGUGUGUGCUCUCCCUAUCACAAGAACACCCAGAGAGCUACUACCGUUGGUCCGAACUGGCCAGUGACACUCUUCUCAACCUCCUCACACAGAGGACUAUAGAGAUAGACUCUGAUGACGCCAUAAAGUCUUUGGAAAGGCUCUUGGACUCAGUGUACAAGGAUGUUUUGCUGGAGCAGAGUAGAGUAGAAAUAUUGUUGAAGAUUCUAUUUAAACCGCCUCCAGAUCAGAUAACCACACCACGAAAAUUAAAGCUGAGAUAUCUCUCAAUAAUAAUGAUCCUGCUACGUAAAGUAUUGGUAAUGAUACCAGAGAGCGAGAUCUUGCUAUCGAUAAACUAUUUAAAGUCGACUUGCGUAUCUCCACAAUCGAUAUUCUUCAACGUGAAACCAAAUGUGGAUCCUUUGAACGUUCAAAACGUGAACGAAAACUGCGCCAACUUGUCGCCCGAUGUCAUUCUCGUCAGGUUUCUAUUCAAGACUUUGACGUAUGCGAUAAUAGAGAUGGAUGACUGCCGGGCGAAUUCGGAUCAUAAUUUGAACGAAAAUAUGGACAAUUUGCUUUACGCUGUCUGCGUCAAUAUAGUCGUCCAUGUUAAACAUAUGCUGCAUUUGACGAAUGGCUGCCUGUUUCCGUUGACUGCGAAAACUGCUCAGAAUAUCAUCCACAACGAACAGAGCGGCUUGAACACGGGCCUCUACAGUCCCGAAGAAAACAUACCGCUUGAUCAGCUUAAUAUGAUCUGUUUGAAGUCCGCGCAUCGGAUUCCGCUGCUGACUGUACACUGGUCCCAUUUGUUGAUAAGGUUGAAUUUCCUCUCACAGAAAUACUGGCACAAGCUUAUGAUCGGGUUCGCUCGCAACCUACCGCUAAGUGCCGAUAGCGGCGACACUCGGUUGUUGCGAGUCGACAUACUGCAGACUGCCUGCGUUGUCGCAUACUGCGAAUAUUUUGUGGAAAAUGGCUUAACCCAAGCGGUGCAUUUAACAUGGCUACUCGUGAACAGAAUUCACAUACUAAUCAGCCAAUAUGACGAGGAAAUCGUGCAGAACCUUAUAGCGAAAGUGCAGCAGAACUGCGUAGCGUCGGGACUGUUGUUACAGGCGAUUGCCGCUAGAUGUCAGUGUUGUCUUAAGGACGAGUUCGCUCUCAAUACAUACAAGGUGCUGUCACUGUGCCACGAAAGUCAAUCCGGUGCUUUGCUAUUUCUCAUUUGUCGAAUUAUCGGCAAACUCGAGCCGGCGAUUGCGGUCAGAUUUGCCAACUUAGCGAUAGAGAGGUGUAAGGUGCUGGGCGAACUGGCAGCGGAUAAAAUUAACUCGCAGCUUUCAAAAGAGGAUUUACAAAUUGCAUUAGAAUCCCUGCAAAGGGACGGGGUUCACGUCAGGUAUUCAGCAUUGGUGGUACACUUGAACACACUCGCAUCGAGCAUUUUUGAUCUUUCGCCGAUAGAUUUAACUUUGCACCGCGUCGUGAACCCUCAUAACGUCUUAACUACCAAUGUCGACGCUAACUGGCUCAUCAAUGAGAUUAAAAUAAGAUGCCGACCAAAUUCCACGUUCCCUAAGAUGUUGAAAUACAAUGAUCUAGCUAAGCUCUUGUCAAACCUGUCACAGGAAGAUUUACUAACUGUCAUGUCGUGUCCGGAGUUCGACAGGAAAAUUCUCGCGUCCUGCUUUAAAGUGGCGUGCGAUGCUUUCUCAAGAGAAUUCCUAAACAUCGUGUCGGUCUCCGAAUCUAAAGAGAUUGAGAAGGAAACCGCAAGAGAGCAAGAGAAUGUAAGACUGAAAGAGGAGAUGACGUCAUCAAUAGACAGCAACAAACUAAACAUGGUUAAUUCGCUACACGUCUUUAAGAGAAGCGACAGUAGGGAGUCGAAAUCACAGUUUUUUAUUCCGAUAAAUGAAAUCGAGACCAGAGAGCGUUUUGGUAACUUAAAACUAUCUGAAGAAGAGUUAGAGUUGCCAUCGCCUGAACUGCCAGAUCUAUACCAGAUAUCUUUAUCAACUUUAGACAAAUCGAUCGGUGACAUCUUACGUCUGUUCCCAAAACAAAAUCGUCCGCUCAGUCAGUCCGAGAAUUUCAACUUGAAUAUAGAACAGACUAUCGACAGAUAUACGAGGCGUUGUCACCAGGUGUUUCAAGAUAAAUUGUUUUACCAAGAGUUUAUAACGGUUCAAACGAUUAUGACUGGAUUUUUGGAUUGUCUGCACAGGAUUAUAGCCCUUAUCGACGAGGCGGACUGCGAUUUGUUAGAGAAAUGCAUCGAAAACAUUAUCCCCGACAACGUAGCUAGAAAUAUAGCCAUUUUCUCAGUGGUCUCAUUACAGUACCUGUCUUUUUUAAUCAAGAAUAAGAAAACGGUGGAAAGUCCGGUACACGCAGACGUGUCCUUCCGAGUGACGAAUACAGAAACGGAGGAUAUAGUUGUCGACUAUGUGCUUUCAGUGACUGUGGAUAAUGUGGCCAAGGCGUUGAGCUUCGAUGAGAUUUGGUCGGAAUUGAACGUGGAUAGCAAUUUCAAUAGGAUACAAUCAGCCAUUAGUUGCUUGUUCGCAGUGUUGAAGUAUUUAGUUAAGGAUACGAAGCCGCUAAUCCUAAAGUCACACGUGCCAUUGCACGAUUCUGGUCCAAAGCCGGACUUCAUAUUGACCUCGGACAAAUUGAUAACGAUGGUCCAGUACUGGGAGCAAAAUUUUUACGCGAGACCCAUCGACGAUAUACUCGCUAAAGGAUAUCGGAAGCCGAUAGAAAGCUUGCUCGUUAGUUUGUCCAGGUUAGAAGUUGUAAGUAACAUUGCUCUCAUACCUCCGAUCGCGUGGUCUUACGUACAAGCGACUGUAAAAAAUGAUACGGUGCAGAACAUCGACCUGCCGUUACAAGCGUUGCAAGAUAUGGACGUUUUGGAAUCGUUCUUAUUCAGAGUGAAUCUUAUAGGUUGGUCUUCGAAGAAGCAGUUCGAAGAGAUAUGGGUGGGAUUGUUGGGAGCUUUACAAGGAAAUGGUACCCACUGGGCUGUGAGAGGAAUCACCCAGCUGCUGAUCAGUACUGCACCUCACGUUAGGAGGAAAGGAAUUAUGCAUGUGCCUCGUACGCAUGUGUAUGUCACUGAUGGAAUGCAACGUCUUCGGAGUCUUCUUGUUGGUACUACCGAGAUCAAAAUGUUUGAAGACGUCAACUUAGAGCGUGUCCCGUUAAUGAAUGACAGUUUCGACGGAUAUCACUAUGCACAGUUUAGUACAGAGUAUUUGAAACUUGCUUCGGAUAUAUCAGAGGAAGCUCCUUUCAAAGUACGACAGGCGGUGAAAAGAAAGAGACGGAAUAAGGACAUAGAUGUCAACAGUUGUUUACAAUUGUUAAUGGACGUUACCACAGAUAUGCUCGAGCCCAAAGCCGGGACUGGCGUGGCGUCACGUACGGCGCUGCUGCAGAGUAUAUGCGGCGCGAGCGCGGUGUUUUCUACGGGCGCGCAGUGGGGCUGGGCAGCCGCGCAGCUCGCGGCACAGAGCUCGCGCGCGCACUGGCCCCCCGCCAUGCGCGCGCUGCUACACGCGCUCGCGCUCUGCCUGCCCGUGCUGCACCACGCCGACGUGACGCACAGUACGUGCGCGCACUGGCCCGCCGCCAUGCGCGCGCUGCUGCAUGCGCUCGCGCUCUGCCUGCCCGUCCUGCACUACGCCGACGUGACGCACGAGCUGUCAACUGUCCACCAGAAGCUGCUGAAAUCACUUACUUCUAGCUACGCACCGUUACGCCAAGCGGCACUUCAGGGCUGCCUUCUUCAGUUGACAGCGAGAACUAAACACGUGACCACUCAAACGCACAACCCUUACCACGAGUUGGUCACGCAGUUAAAUGUCGCCGUGCGUCAGUAUUUAGUGCCGAAUUCGAAGAUAUCGCUCUACGAACAGAGUCUGUAUUGGACGGUGCUUUUCACUUUGGUAGAGUUGGGACACCCCGACCUAAUGAACUUUGCGGUGGACUUCGUUUUAAAAAAUCCGAGACAUUAUUGCACCGAUCUUGUGGUCAGGGCCAUAACCUCAGUACUCCGACAACAGAUUCUACCUAAAGACUUAAAGAAAACUAUAAUAGAGAAGUUACUAGACAACAUGAGCAAAUACUCAGAGCAUCAUGCUAUUCAGAUACUAAUGGUGCAUCUAUUUUCAGCUGACAGUAGAUUAUUAAGUCCAAAGUUAACUGCAGAUGUGUCCAACAUGGACCCAGAUGUAUUAAUGAGCUCUAUGGAGAGAAUAACUUUACUUUACAAAACCCUCAAAAACUCAAAAUCCAAAGAGAGCAAAUACAUACUAGCGUCCGCUCUGAAAUACUUCCUGCGGGAGACUCUACCGCCGGCUGCGACUUUGAGUAGAGUCGUGAUAGAGUUUCUGGAGUGCUGUAAGGAGACGGAAAAGAAGAGAGUGGGGAUAUUUAGUGACAGAGAAAAGUGGAUUCAAUGCUCCGUGCUAAACGCUGAGGUCGUUAAUGAGGUGUUCGAAACUGCUGUAACGCAAGAUCAGCUUCCCGUGUUAAGUGGCUGGAUAUUUGAAGCCCUCUGCCAUUUGUUAACUGGCAAAAUUUCCGCAAACUUACUUCCAUCUUGCGUGCUGACCUUACUGGUUUCGGCUAGUUCGAACCGGUUCGUUAGACAGAUAUCGCCGCUCUGCUACCAUAUCUUCAGGAAAAGUUUUGCUCAUCACCAAAAGGAUGAAAGUUGGGGCGUUUUCAGCGACUGCUUGGCGACGAAUGGCGCGAUGUGUUUUUCAGACAAAAGGCUGCUGUGCGUUGUUGCGACGCAUUCUAACUUCUCCGUAUCUCAAUUAGGAAGGUUAAGAGAAUUAUGUGGGAACAACGAUUGCUUGGAAUAUUUGUUGCAGUGCUUGAACGUUUAG